GCAGUUGGAAGGAUGUAGUAGUUAGGAGUAGUUAGGAUGGCAGUGGAGUGGGCAUCUCUGUACAAGUUUCUGAUGAAAAUUGGACCUGUGGCGAGUGAAAAGUGACACCGAUCCAACCUUUUCUUUGAAAGUCAUGCGCCUGUUGAUCUGUCUGCUGUCUGCGCUGAUUCUAUGCAAGAAUGGGAAAGCGAGCGGAGAGUUCACUCCGGCUGGACACUCUCUGCAUAUCAACGACGGGAACUUUUCAAACGGGGAUCACAUGAAACAAGAGCCCUUUCAGCGCCAACAACAAGUGAUCGAACCCUUGUCAGGUUCUGCCUUGAACCUAAAAGUCCAGGUCAGCGACGUGCUGAGUCGUCAGUACCUGUGCCAGGCAGUGGUGGAGGUCUACAUCAACUACACCAGGACCAACACAGCUCUUACUGGAGAGGAUGGAGGUGUUUUACUUCAUGUACCUUACCGAAGUGACGUGCCAGUCACAAUUGUGGCCAGCAAGGAAGGCUACGUCUGCACACUGCUGCCUUGUAAAACCAACAGAAUGCCAAUAUUUUCCUCCGUGACCAUGUCCCUACUUGGCCUGAAUCAAGGGAACAUCUGGCUUUUUGAUGAUUCUGUCAUGAUCACUGGCAAAACAUCUGAUUCUUCAUCGCUGCCAAUUGUCCAGUUUCCCAAAAGCCUGCUGAACCUGACAGACAGCAGUGACGUCACUUCUGUCAAAGCCUACCUGACCGUUCCCAAGCUGCCGUCCGAGGAGGACACCUUUCUUAACACUAUGGGCAUCAUGAGUAGUAAAUCAGGAUACGUCAGUGUGGAGUUGAGUCCGGUGGCGGCUGUCAAUGUGCAGCUUUUCUCAGGAGACACAGAGUUACAUGUGAGUGGGCCCAUACAGGUCAGCCUCAGCAUUCCUGACAGCUGUGGACUUCAGAGUUCAAAUGUUGUUCCAGCAUGGUUCUUUAACCGGACCACCGGUGGAUGGAUGAGAAAAGGACUAGGGACGGUGGUGUCAGUGGAAGGAAAACUCAGGUGGACAUUCACAGCUCCUCACUUUGGUUACUGGAUAGCAGCGCCUCUGUCAUCCACCAGAGGUUUCUUUGGACUUGCCAUCCCCGUUGAUUUCAUUAUGCGCCAUUCAUCUAUCCUGAUGGUUAUCCUUGGAGGAAUGCUUGUUGUUGUCGUCUGUCUUCUGUUUGGGUUAUUGUUUAAUCGCAGAAGUCCACUCUGUGAAAGUAAGGCAAAAAAAAUCCUACCAGAGAUGAGGAAAGACCAAUCCACCUCCACAUGUGAUGAUAAAGGAGACUUCUCUGAUCCACAGGAUGGACUGCACCAAUCAUUCACAGAAAGAAGGGAUAACUGGCACAAUGCCUCUGUAAUUUCUAUGCGCAAUGGCAACGUAAUAGCCAACCCCAACGCUGUGGCCAUUACUUUGGAGUGUAACGAACUGGAGCUUAACUCUGACCUGAGUGAUCAGAAGUGUUUGCAUAAAACUACAGAGCAGAUCAGAGUUCCAGCCUCUCUGACAGAGAAUUUGUUUUUCUACAACCAGCCUGUUGCCAUUCUUCAUACUCCAGCGUUCUUCCAUUUGGAGGAGCAGUCAGAGCAGCCUCAGUGGAGCAGGUCGGCCACUCUUCCCCGAGCAGGAGCUUCAAACAGUGCCGCCACCGAGCCGCUGAGUAAAGACAGCUUCACCCAGACUGUGUCAAAAGGUUCCUCUGCCACCCAGAACCAGGCAGAAGAAACUGAGGACCAGCUUGAGGUUCUAGAGGGCUCUCAGGCAGCGACCUCAACCAACACAUCCAGGGGUCACUUCAGCCUCCCAGAGUCAGUGUCGGUCCCAGGAACACUGAAUAAAAUUGUGGACAGCAGACACUCGGUGCAAGCCUUGGCAGAACUUUCUAAAAUCCCCUCACUUCAGCCCCCUCGGGCCUGGUUUGUAUCACUGGAGGGCAAACCUGCAGCUGAGAUCCAUUAUGCUGUGUCAGAGCAGCAGAGGAGGCGAAUGCCAGCUGAGAGUCGAGAAACCAGCUUAGACUCAGGGGUGGACAUGAGCGAACUGAAUCAGACGUCUGGAAGGAGGGCUGUAACACUGGAGCGCAACGCUACCUUUGUCAAAAGCACAUCCAUCAGUAAACAAGCACCUCCACAGUAAAAACUCUCAAGACCCCCGACAGCCCUCUUAAGUUUGUGAAUAAACCUCAUCAGUUCUAUCUAUGACAAGUGACUUAUUUACCUUAUUGCUUCAUAUUAUACAUAUUAAUGUUAAAGCUCUAAACUAAGUUGGGGGUACAGGCCCAUUCCAACCAUCAGAUUCCACACAGUCUGCUCUGCAACUGUUGUGCAUGGACAAAAGUGCAAACAGUCUGAAGGACAGCGUGUGGACUUACAUCCCAAAUAAGUCUCAUACACUUGUUGCUUUUUAACGCUAGAACCGGCUACGGAUAAAAUGCAUCUUAUCUCUUAUCUCCUGCCUCAACAGUCAGUAUUAACCAGAAAUAUAUCAAGUUUUGCAAAGUGUCAUAAGAUAACUCAUACUAAUCAUUUACAUGGUUCCAGGUGCCCUGUUUUUCCACCUCCAACAUGACAAAGACAGCAGCAAUGUGACUGGGAUUAAUAACCAGAGGUCAAACACUACCAUAAUGUCAUCCUGUCAACUUUGAUUCCCCUUAAUGAAUGGACAGACCACCAUGGCUAACUUAACAUGACUGGAUGCUUGUUAUUUUAACAGUGUCAUUUGUAUUUGUGUAUGUUUUAGUGUAAACGGUCAUGAAGUGAAUCAUUUCAUUUAAUUAAAGAAAAACUGAUCUUGGUGAUGAGCCUUUUUAGUAACUUACUAUAUACAAUAUGAAACUAUGUUGUAUAUUUCUACUUGCUUAUGAUUGUACCACAAAUGAGUCACUUCAUGUUUUAAAUCCACAUUUUUAAAGGUAAUCUGAUUACAGUUAAAUAAUAAAUAAUAAUAAAUGUCAAUACUGCCUGCACA